GUUCGGUUAUGGACGUAGGAGUAUGUAAAACAGAUUUACCUUCCUGCAUGCAUAGUGCUGUUUAAUUCAGGAUAGCAUUAAGACUACAGGAAUGGAAAUGACAGCAUGACUUCUCUGAAACAUAGACACAUGGAAGCAUUAAAGAAUGGAGUAGAGUCGUUGCAAGAUGAUACGGCUUUGGCCGACGUGGACAUCAUCAUCAACAACAGGAUAUUUCGAUGUCACAGGUCUAUUUUGGUCGCUAUCUCACCAUAUUUCCGUGCCAUGUUUACCACGGGUAUGAAAGAAUCAACUCAAAGAAGAGUUGUUUUGCAGGAUAUUGAGGAGACACCGUUUGAGAAGUUUCGAGACUUUGUAUACACAGGCAGUAUUGACCUUUCAGAUGAUGAUGUCAUUGAAAUAUUGAGGAUUGCGGCUCUUUUCCAGGUUGACUGUCUACAAGAUCACUGUGAGGAAGCUUUACUUGAACAGCUAAAGGGAAAUAACUGCUUGGAAAUGUACCGACUGGCCUGUAUGUACAACUGUAAAAGAUUGAAGAAGAAAUCCUGGCCAGCUAUUCUAGAUGGCUUUUGUACGGUAUGGAAGAGUGAAGAUUUUACGAGCCUUAAUGUAGGGGAAAUUAUUUCAAUCAUACGAGAAGACAAUCUGGUCACGCUGGACGAAGAGCAUGUCUGUGAGGCUGCUAUGAAAUGGAUUAACGCUGAUUUAACGAAGAGAAAGAAAUACAUUUAUGAUAUAUUUAAGUAUGUUCGGUUACCUCAUGUGACGCCAGAGUAUUUGGUAAAUAAUUUGAAUAAGAUGCAAUUGCUGAUGGAGAAUCCAGAGUGUCGUAAGUUGUUAGAGGACGCGCAGCAUUAUCAUAUGUUACCGUCAAGAAGGCUGGAUUACAGCGGGGAAACAUUCAGAUACAGAAUUGACGACGAUCUUGAUGAAGUUUUACUCGUUGUGUCAAAGAAUAACGAUGACAGGGGAAUGUAUUUUGAAGGCGGAUGGUGUCUUUGGGCGUUCAGUUACAAUCAGAGUAAAUGGUUUACCCUUGCCCCUAUCAAACAAGAAGAUUCUCCUGGGGCAGAUUUUGCACUCUGUUCCCAUGGUUACGAUAUAUUCUUGUCAGGAGGAAACACUAACCCAAAAAAUCUGUUGAAGUUUGAGAGUGAAAGAAACGAAUGGAUUAUUAGUCCUGGUCAGUUGAAGAAGGGCGUUUCCCGCUUGCAUGGGGUCAGUUGGGAAAAUUUACUUUUGUUAGAAAGAAAGACUGUUGAUCUCCAACAUGCCCAACUUCCAAAAGCUUCUAAAAUUACUAUAGGACAAGGGCAUGUGAUAUCACUGAAUGAGGACGAGCAAACCAUUCUGAAAUUGACACCAGACUUUGGCUUCAUGGAUGCUGGUCUUGAAAUUUCAGGAGAUCCCAAUUUCUUAGGUGUAUCACAUUAUGAUGGGAGUUUACUAGUUUUAAUCGAAAAUCCUGAGAAGAGAGGCUGUCUUAAACAAGUUAUUCAGGUCGAUUUAGAAACGUCCCAACCAAAAGUGUUACCUAUAAAAGGCAAUGGAUAUCCAAAAGCAGUGCACGGUUGCUAUAGAAGCUAUGUUGAUAAGAGAUUCCUAUAUCAUACAUACUAUCAGUAA